AUGCUGAGGUCAUCAACUUCAACUGCGGAUUACGAACACGCUCAAUCCAAUUGCCACGAAGAACUUACGCCACUGGCCCGACAUGAUCGCGUCACCCACGAUCGCCCGGACGUGUCGUCCGUUCGCUACUUCGUUCGGACGGCGCAGCAGUCGAUCGUCGGAGGAAGUGGUGCAAGCUGUCACCUUUGCAGACAUCAUCGACUAGAUCCCAUCAGAGUCGCACAGAGUCACCUCGUGUGGCAGGGUGUGGCAGGGAGUCACCUCGUGUGGCACUUGGUACUCGGCACCAAAAAAGCGCGUGGGGAAAACCCUCGGCCAGUGAGUCGGCCCGUGGUCUUGUUUUGGUGGCCCAGUCAACGAGUAGGUGAUGAAAUCAAUCAGUCAGCCAUGUGCAACAUGACUGUAGCUCUCGCAUGCUUAGACUCGACCUUCAAGCUAUUUCAUGCUAUUUCUCAAUGUCAGUGA